UCUGAAAAAAAAAAGGAAACUAAGCUGGGGAGGAGAUUUAGGGAGGCAGCUCAGAGAUGGGUUGUGGUUUCUUGGUGAGGUGUGUUAAAAUGCCUGGAUUCUGUGGUCAGACUAGACCAGGAUUCCAAUCUUGACGGGGCGUUCUUAAGCGGAUCCUUUCCUCUUGUGGAGAUAAUAUCUGGUGGAGGGGAUUAAGUAAAAUACUGUACUAUUCUCAGAGUACCAUAAACCUGCUGCUCUGGUCCCAACGACGCAGCCCCGUGGGCCCCAGCCUUGCCCCGCCCAUUUGCCCACAGCCAAUCGGCGGCCGCCUCUUCCCCGCUUCCGUUCCCUCCACUUCUGGCCGCUCCUCUCCCACAGCCCUUUCCUUCCAGGGAGGCUGCCCCGUUUGGGAAGAGAUUCCCUGGAGAAGCUCUCAUUUCUUGGGAAGCAGCUGAGAGCUGGAAGAUGCACCGGAGGGCCAAAAAGCGCUGUGAAAUUGACCCCGAGUUCAAGGAGCCCGUCUGCCCUCUAACCAUUUUACAGAUGGGGAAACCCGAGGCCCAGAGAAGGGAAAAUCCUCAUUAAGGUCACCCCGAGCGGAAAGCAGAAGCCCAGGUCAGGGUUUUCUCCGUGAAGAUGGGAGUUCAGGUCUGUCGGUUCUGAGGGCAGGAUGGAGAAGCUGCGGCUCCUGGGCCUCCGCUACCAGGAGUACGUGACUCGUCACCCGGCCGCCACGGCCCAGCUGGAGACGGCAGUGCGCGGCCUCAGUUACCUGCUGGCAGGUCGUUUCGCCGAUUCGCACGAGCUGUCAGAGCUGGUGUACUCUGCCUCUAAUCUGCUGGUGCUGCUCAAUGACGGAAUCCUACGCAAGGAACUUCGGAAAAAAUUACCCGUGUCCCUGUCCCACCAGAAGCUGCUGACAUGGCUGAGCGUGCUGGAGUGUGUGGAGGUCUUCAUGGAGAUGGGGGCCACCAAGGUGUGGGGCGAAGUAGGACGCUGGCUCGUCAUCGCCCUCAUCCAGCUGGCCAAGGCUGUACUUCGGAUGUUCCUGCUGAUCUGGUUCAAGGCUGGCCUCCAGACCUCACCCCCCAUCGUUCCGCUGGACAGGGAGACCCAGGCACAGUCCCAGGAUGGUGACAACAGCACUGGCAGCCAGGAGCAGUCAUAUGUGGGGAAGCGGUCAAACCGGGUGGUGCGAACCCUCCAGAACACUCCGUCCCUGCACUCAAGGCACUGGGGGGCCCCGCAGCAGCGCGAGGAGCUGGGUGUCACCCCCACCCCGCUGGGGCUGCAGGAGACCAUCGCCGAGUCCUUGUAUAUUGCCCGGCCCCUGCUGCACUCCGGCAGUGCUCAGCCUGGGCCUCUGGGGUCAGCGGUCGUGGACACCCUGGCUCCUGUCUGGUGUUGUGGAUGUGACCAGCCUGAGCCUCCUGAGCGACAGGAAGGGCCUGACCCGGAGGGAGCGGCUGGAGCUGCGGCGCCGGACCAUCCUGCUGCUCUACUACCUGCUGCGCUCCCCCUUCUACGACCGCUUCUCCGAGGCCAAGAUCCUCUUUCUGCUCCAGCUCCUGGCAGACCACGUCCCAGGCAUUGGUCUGGUCACAAGGCCGCUCAUGGAUUACUUGCCCAACUGGCAGAAAAUUUAUUUCUACAGUUGGGGCUGAUGGACAUUCCGAAAGUGGGGGGUGGGGAGGGGCAGGGGGUGCCUCAGCCCAUCAUGUCCCCUGGGCCCCUCUGCCCUAAUAAACCUGACUCUGGCAGCGUCUACGCCUGUGACUGCUCCAUGCCCACCGCCCGGAACGCGUCCGGCUCUCACACCCUGGCUGGGCUCCGCACACAGCCCUGGUCUCCACUAGAGCUCCCCUAAUUCCCUCUCAACUCUGCAUCCUGAGCACAUGCCGCACCUCGUUACUGGCCGGGAAGCCCAAGCCCCUGCUAGGACUGGGACGUGGGCUUCCUGGAAAGCUGGAGUCCCACCUCAUGAGCCCAGGAAGCUGUUUG